CGUACUGGGUGGGGCGCCUCCUUGUGACGUACUUCCGGCGGGCGGGUGACGCGCAGUGUGCGCCGGAAUCCUGGGGAGAUGUCGCUGGUUUUCGUUCCGGAGAAACUGCGCGGCCGCUGCCAGAUCCCCGGGGACAACGUGCAGCGGUUGCUGGAAGAAAAUGAUCAGCUCAUUCGCUGCAUUGUAGAAUAUCAGAACAAGGGAAGAGCCGCUGAGUGUUCGCUGUACCAGCAAGUUCUGCACCGAAACCUGAUAUACUUGGCUACAAUAGCGGACUCCAGCCCUGCAGACCCUGCCAAACCAACACCCUGAGCGUCUCUCUGUGCAGCUGUAUGUUAUGGUUACAUCAUUAGCAGCCUGACCAGACGGUCAUUCUUUGUUCUCGUUAUUAUAAAUCUGCAUGGACACCGAGGAAUUGCCAUUGGCUGAAGAUCGCAACGUUUGUGAUGCUAAGUGUACUGCAGUUGCGUCCACCAGGAGGCGCCAGUUGUACAGGAAUCUUUUUUUUCCCUUUGUGCAUCCCCCUAGUACAUUUGUUGAGGCCCCUGUUUAAGCUCAGGUGAUGAGACGUGGGAGGGGGGCGGAAGGAUCUGGAUUUUUGACCAAUCUAGGGGGCAUUAUUUUAUGGCAAGCUGUCUGAGAGACCAGCGUGUGUUGUCUGAACAUGCAUGAUUGUAGCUUUCUUUUUAACAUGUCAAAUAAAGAUCCCGGCCCUCUCCAA